GGGGCGUGGCGCGGUGGCACGUGGAGCCGGCUACGCCAUGGCGCGGAGCGGGCGGCUGCGAUCGGGCGCCGCCGGCAAGCUGAAGCGGUGGCGGAAGGGCCACAGCAGCGACUGCAACCCCGAGACCCGUCAGCACCGCCUGGACGCCCGCAGCCGCUUCUUCAGCCGGCCCGCGGCAGAGAAAAGUAACUUGACGGUGGAUGCGGUGAAGCUGCACAAUGAGCUGCAGUCAGGAUCCCUGCGUUUGGAGCGGAGAAGCGACAGCACUCAGCUCCUUAUGGAGGAGGAUGAUGCGCUGGAGGCAGCCACGGAAAAAUCCUCUGGCACCUUCCUGAGCGGGUUGAGCGACUGCACCAACGUCACUUUCAGCAAGGUGCAGCGCUUCUGGGAGUCCAACUCUGCUGCUCACAAAGAGAUCUGUGCUGUGCUGGCGGCCGUGACUGAGGUGAUCCGCUCUCAGGGGGGAAAGGAGAGUGAGACUGAGUACUUUGCUGCACUGAUGACCACCUUAGAGGCAGUUGAGUCUCCUGAGUCCCUGUCUGCAGUCGCCUACCUGCUUAACCUUGUGCUAAAGAGAGUACCAAGCCCAGUGCUUAUAAAAAAAUUCUCAGAUGCCUCAAAAGCCUUCAUGGGAAUUGUGUCCUCACAGGCCUGCAGCAGCUCCACUUCUGCUCUGCGAUGGAUCCUCUCUUGUCUGGCAACUCUGCUGCGGAAGCAGGACUUGACAGCCUGGAGCUACCCUGUCACCCUCCAGGUCUAUCACGGCUUGCUGAGCUUCUGUAUUCAUACCAAGCCCAAGGUGCGGAAAGCGGCCCAGUACGGUGUGUGCUCUAUCCUGAGGGGCAGCGAGUUCAUGUUUGGAGAUGCAGCCCCUGAGCAUCACCCUGCAGCACCCUCCACUGCCAAGUUCUGUGUGCAGGAGAUCGAAAAAGCUGGAGGCACCAAGGAGGCAACUACCACCCUGCAUAUCCUUGCCCUGCUGCGGGACUUGUUGCCCUGCUUCCCUGCAGCCAUAGUGAAGACCUGCUGUGAGACCUUGCUCCGAGUCAUGACCCUUAGCCACGUGUUGGUGACAGCAUGUGCCAUGCAAGCUUUCCACAGCCUCUUCAGUGCCCAGGCCGGCGUGACCUGCCUGCCAGCCGAGCUCAAUGCCCAGAUCAUCUCUGCCCUCUAUGACUACGUACCCAGCACAAGUGACCUGCAGCUGCUGCAGACCUGGCUGUCCACCAUGGAGAGGGCACAUGUCAACCUGGGCAGGCUGCAGAAGGACCUGUGCUGGGCUCACCUGCCCCGGCUCUUCUCUGCUGCCAUGAACUGCUUCCUCUCCCCACACUCCCAGGUGGUGACAGCAGCAGCUCAGACUCUGGAGACCCUCCUGAGUGAAUGCAUCGUACCCCACAUGGAGGACUUGAGCACUGUCUCUGCAUCUGCCCCAGCCCCUGCCUCCUACCUGUGCAAGAUGUUCAGAUCAGUGGAGGAAGGCCUGACAUAUCGUUUCCAUGCAGCAUGGCAUGAAGUGCUGCAGGUGCUGAAGGUAUUUUUUGGAACGUGUGGGAAGCAGUGCCACCCCAUCAUGAGGAAGUGCCUCCAGUCCCUGUGUGACCUGCGUCUCUCCCCACACUUCCCCUACACUUCUGAAGUGGAGCAGGCAGUGGGGGCUGCUGUGAGCACCAUGGGCCCCGAGGUGAUUCUGGAAGCUAUGCCCCUGGAGAUCGAUGGCAAAGAGGAGACGCUGGAUUUUCCCCGCAGCUGGCUCCUGCCGGUGCUGCGGGACCACGUGCAGGGCGCGCGGCUUGGCUUCUUCACCAGCUACUUCUUGCCUUUGGCAACCACCCUGAAAAGCAGAGCCCUGGAGUUUACCCAAGCUGGGAAGAGUAUGGAGGCCAAGAUCUACGACACGCUGCAGUGGCAGAUCUGGACCCUGCUACCCGGCUUCUGUACCCACCCCAAGGAUGUGCUGGGGGCCUUCAAGGGGCUGGCCCGCACCCUGGGCAUGGCCAUCAGUGAGCACCCAGACCUCCGCCCCACCGUGUGCCAGGCUCUGCGCACCCUCAUCCACAAAGGCUGCAAGACAGAUGCAGAGCGGGCAGAAGUAGGUCGCUUUGCCAAAAAUUUCCUGCCUAUCCUGUUCAAUGUGUACAGCCAAUCUGAGGAGGAUGGAGGCAGCUGCUCUCAGCGCCGUUCUGUGCUGGACACUGUCCGUGCCUACCUGACCAUCACUGACCCCAAGAUGGUGUGUGGGUUCCUGCAGAAAGCCAGUGAGAAGCUGACCAGUCCUGAGAGCUCUGAGUUUGCCAGACUCUCCAUCCUGGACCUGGUGGUGGCAAUGGCACCCUAUGCUGAUGAGCAGUCCCUGGGCUCCCUGUACCACACCAUCCAGCCUUCCCUCCAGAGCAAGGAGCGCAGCAUGCAAAAGAAGGCAUACCGUGUGCUGGAGGAGGUGUGUGCUGCUCCCCACGCACCCUGCCAGGCCUUCGUCCGCUCCCACCUGCUAGAUCUGCAGGCAGCACUGCUGGACUCGCUCAAGAGUGCAGCAUCCCCGGCCAAGAGGCCCCGGCUGAAGUGCCUCUUCCACAUUGUGAAGAAGCUCUCCGCAGAGCAUGAGGCCUUCAUCACUGCCCUGGUCCCAGAGGUCAUCCUCUGCACCAAGGAGGUGUCAGUGGGGGCCCGCAAGAAUGCCUUUAUGUUGCUCGUGGAGAUGGGACAUGCAUUCAUGCGCUUCGGGCCCACGCCCCAAGAGGCCAUGCAGCGGUUUCUGCUCCUGGUCUACGCGGGGCUGACGGGCUCGGUCACCAUGAUCAGCUGCACAGUUCUGGCACUGACCCGCCUGUUUUUCGAGUUCAAAGAUCACCUGGAACUGAGUGUGGUGGAGCAACUCCUGCAGAACAUCUGUCUGCUGCUGGCCUCCCGCACACGAGACGUGGUUAAGGCAGCCCUGGGCUUCCUCAAGGUCACACUGCUGCUGGUGGACACCAAGCUACUGGCUAAGCAUGUGCAGACAAUGCUGGAGGCCUUAGGGAACCUUUCGGAUGACAUGACACGCCAUUUCCGUAUGAAGCUGCGAAACCUUUUCACUAGGUUCAUCCGCAAGUUUGGCUUUGAGCUGGUGAAGGGGCUGCUGCCAGCUGAGUAUCACAAAGUGCUGGUGAACAUCCGCAAGGCAGAAGCCCGGAGCCGCAAGCAGCGUGCCCUGAGGCAGGCAGCUGCAAGUACAGAUGAAGAAGAGGCAGCACCAGCACAAGCCAGAGGAGAGAGCAUGGAGGAGAUACUGGGUGACUCAGAGGAGGAUGAAGCAGAGGAAAAGGAAGAACGGCAGCGGAGCAAGGAGCGGAGGAAACAAGCACAGCAGAAAGGCCAGGCCUGGCUGAAGGAAGGGGAAGAGGAUGAACCCCUCAACUUCCUGGACCCCAACGUGUCCCAGAGGGUGCUGGCCACCAAGCCAGGCCCAAAACGGUCCAGAGGAGUGAGUCAUGGCUUCAAGGUGUCUGAGGAUGGGCGACUCAUCAUUCAUGAAGAGGAGGAGGAGGAGGUGGAUGAUGAUGAAGCCAAAGGAGCAGAUGAGGAGAUGGCAGAUGUGCUGCAAGAUGUGGGUCUCCGCAGUAAGAAAAGCCGGAAGCAUAGGUUCAGAGAGGAGCCAGAUGAUGAAGAACCUGAGCCUGGGAGCUAUUCUCAGUAUAGAGCUGGAGGCUCUGGGAUCCACCGGCAGCUGGACAAGAAGCCAGCCUUUGGUGCAGAGUACAAAUCCAAGAAAGGCAAAGGUGACGUGAAGAAGAAGGGUCAGCUCGACCCCUAUGCCUACAUCCCCCUGAACAGAGCUAGACUCAACAGAAGGAAGCAGGCAAAGAUGCAAGGCCAGUUCAAGAGCCUGAUGAAGGGUGCCCAGCGUGGGGCCAAGGCUGGCCACAGGAACCAUCUGAAGGCCCAGCGCCCAUGAGGAGCCUUGAGUGCACCUGCCUGAGGACAGACAACACCCUAUGGCCACUGGGCACUGGGGGACAGGGUCUUGGCAUGUGGAGCAGAGAGGAUUCCUCUGCAGGAGAUGGCCUGCAUCUGUCUGAGGCUUGCUGGGAAGCCACCCCUUCAUACCAUGGACGUUUGGCCUAAGCCCUGUCCUCCUGUGCCUGGAGGAAGGUGUUGGGUGCCUGGUGCAGGGGUAUGUGUGUGUGGGGAGCAAAUAAUGUGUAAUGAAGUCCCUCUGUUGAUAAACUUUCACUGUUCUACCCA